GCGGAAUGAAAAAGAUGACGGACCACAUUUCCUCUAACAACAAACCUGUUAGCUUUCUUGAAGUGCAUUCUUUGUGUUCAUCUUUUCCAGCAAUGUGAACAUUAUUAGGUUGCAUUUGUUUGAUAGCAAGGUACCCAAUUAGUCGUUGCAAUAACUUAAUAAUCCUAUCAAACAGACAUUAUAUUGGCAGUUGUCUCUCUCGCGGAAGAAUAGGCCAUAAUAAUCGGCAGAUAUAAAAUUUGUCGUGAGCUAACAGGCUAACGGCCGAUUUAUCGUAGCUGAUGGGACCUGCGAAUUGAAACAUGUAUCAUGUCUUUCAUUUUUAUUUUUGGGCCAAACUGUAAUAACCUAUACGAUAUACGCGUAUUUUAAAAUAACUUGCCUAUAAAUGUUAUUUUUUAAUUUUUUUCUGGCUGGAUCAUUAGGACAUAGGUCGUCUGCUGCUAACCUGUUUUUUCCCCUAGUGGUAGAGAUAACUUCAUAUUUUCAAAUAUGAAGAUGUUCUCAGUGGCACACAAGACUGUCUUUGUAGUGGACCAUUGUCCCUACAUGGCAGAGUCCAGUCGGCAGCAGGUAGAGUGUGAUGUUCUCACAAAAAGCCGAGCUCAGGGGGUCAUUCCUCUGGCUCCUGUCUCCAAAUCAUUAUGGACUUGCGCAGUGGAGUGCUCCAUGGAAUACUGCCGGAUCCUCUACGACGUUUACCCGAAAGACAAACUGGUCAACUAUAUAGUGAGUGAUUCAGAGUUCCACAUCUUGAAUAGUUGGAGACGAGGAGAUCAGAGCACUCAUGAGCUAAUGUCAGCUUUGGCAGCUGUUGGGCCACCAAAUCCCUGUGAGGACCCAGAAUGUUGCAGCAUUUUGCACGGGCUGGUCGCUGCAGUGGAGUCUUUAUGCAAAAUCACAGAGCUGCAGCAUGAGAAGCGCACAGCUUUGAUGGACACAGCAGAGAGGGUCGCUAAUCGAGGCCGGAUCAUCUGUCUGACUAACGCAAAAAGUGACACACAUGUCCGUAUGUUGGAAGACUGCAUACAGGAGACUAUUUUAGAUCAAAACAAGCUGGCUGCUGGAUCAGACAGGCUGAUGGGCAUCCAGCAGUGUGAGUUAGUUCUUGUCCACAUCUACCCCCAGGGUGAGGACACUCUGGUUUCUGAUCGGCCAAAGAAAGAAAUCUCCCCUCUGCUCACCAGCGAGGUCCACAGCGUUCGGGCCGGGCGGCACCUUGCCUCCAAACUUAACAUUUUGGUCCAGCAGCACUUCGACUUGGCUUCCACCACCAUCACAAACAUCCCCAUGAAGGAGGAGCAGCACGCCAACACAUCCGCCAAUUACGACGUCGAGCUGCUGCACCACAGGGACGCUCACCUGGAGUUCUUUAAAAGCGGUGACUUGCACAUGGCAGGAACAAGUACUCGAGAGAACAGCUUUAAGGAGACCGUGACACUGAAGUGGUGCACCCCCAGAACCAACAACAUAGAACUCCAUUACUGCACAGGAGCUUAUCGCAUUUCGCCUACAGACGUAAACAGUCGGCCUUCAUCGUGCUUAACAAACUUUCUUCUGAAUGGUAGAUCGGUGCUGCUGGAGCAGCCCAGGAAGUCAGGGUCAAAGGUCAUCAGUCACAUGCUCAGCAGCCAUGGAGGCGAGAUCUUCCUCCACGUGCUCAACAGCAACCGCUCCACCUUAGAGGACCCGCCGUCCAUCAGCGAGGGCUGUGGGGGCAGAGUGACCGAUUACAGAAUCACUGAUUUUGGUGAAUUUAUGAGGGAGAAUCGUCUGACUCCUGUCGCAGAAUCUUCCCAUGAUCCCUCGGGAAAAGUACCUGUGGAGAGGGCGAAAGCGCAGCUGGAACGUUACACCAGAUACUGGCCCAUGAUCAUCUCCCAGACCACCAUCUUCAACAUGCAGGCUGUGGUUCCUCUGGCUAAUCUGAUAGUGAAGGAGACUCUCACUGAGGAGGACGUCCUCACCUGCCAGAAAACUGUCUACAACCUGGUGGACAUGGAGAGGAAGAAUGAUCCACUCCCCAUUUCUACAGUGGGAUCCAGGGGCAAAGGCCCCAAGAGGGACGAACAGUACCGCAUCAUGUGGAACGAGCUGGAAACGCUGGUGAAAACUCACGCCGGAGCCACAGACAGACACCAGCGGGUCCUGGACUGCAUCAUCGCCUGCCGCAGCAAACCCCCCGAGGAAGAAGAGAGGAAGAAAAGAGGGAGGAAGAGGGAGGAUAGGGAGGACCGGGCCGAGAAAAACGGCAGCAAAGAGAUGGAAGAUAAAAGUUGGCAGGACUCUGAGAGACUAAAGGGCUUGUUGGAGAAGGGAGAGCAGGAUGCAGAGGUGAUCAAGGAUUCCCCAGACUCACCUGAGCCGUUAAACAAGAAGCCCCGCCUUAUGGUAGAUGAAGUUCAACCCCCAGAAAGGGCAAAAGGUCCUGUGUCGCUCCUCUCCCUGUGGACCAAUCGCAUCACAGCAGCCAACUCCAGGAAGCACCAAGAGUUUGUGGGAAGAGUCAGCUCCGUAAACAAUAAGUUUGAGUUGUACCAGCACCUCAAAGAGGAAAACGGGAUGGAUGUGCAUGAAAACGGAAAAGCCUCCAGAUGAUGUUUCCACCGAUCAUCUGCUUUCGCUCUCCUGAAGAUUAGAACAUGAGACAUCUUAGACAUAAAUAAAUGAACUGUAAACUCUGAACAAAGGAUUUUCUAAUUUUAUAAUUCAAGAUUUUGUAGCUGAACUGUUCAGAUAUUAAAGAAAACAUUGAAAGUUGCCUGUAGAGAACACAGCUGUUGGCUUUUUGCAUAAGUCCUUAACAAUGUAAAUAAAUGGACUUACAGUAAAACCUAUGUUGAAGCUGUUUGAUUUGAUCAAAAAGGUAUAAUGAAGUAUAAGGGCCACCAUAAGUGAAAAUAAAUGUAAUAAAUUCAUAAAAUAUUGAGAAUAAGUUCAAAAUUUUAUGAGAAUAAAGUUGUAAAGAUAUGAGAAGGAAGUUAAACUUCUACGAGAAAUGAUUGUAAAAUUAUGCAAAAGUAAAAUUUUACAAUAAUAGUCAAAAUUAUGAGUAAGUGGUAAUUUUACAAGGAAAAUUUGUGCAUUUUUGCAAAUGAAAUCUCACAUUUAGCUUUUAAAAUGUUUUGAUAAAUAAAAUAAAGCAUAAUUUAAUUAAUGUUGCAGAACACUGCACUGCUCAAGAAUCUGGUUUACCUUUUUUCUAAGACUUACUCAUGAUUUUACAAUGUUUUUCUCAUAGAUUUACGACUUUGUAUAUAUAUAUUUCUUUUAUGGUGGCCCUAAUACUCCAUUCAAGAAGGUAAUUUCUUCCUUUUUCUAUUUUAUUUUUUUUCUCUGAUUUAGGAAAACAAUGUAAUGUAUUGAGAAAUAAUGAAUAACUUUGACAGAAGUUCACAAAUAGUCUCCACUAAAAAGCUGCCAGAAAAUAACGAUUUUUAUUACUUUUUUUCAUUAUGAUUAUAAAAACAAAGCUUAUCCUGUAAAACAGAUUUUAUUAGAGAUGUAGUGACAGAUCCUCAGCAGUAGAGAGAGCAGUAGACCGUUCUUAAAAUUUUUUUUAAAUAAAAAGUUUUAUCUUUAAAA